AGAAAACUAGCAUUGUCUUUUCCUCUGUUGUCUAUCUCUUCAGUAUAAGUCACAGUCCAAACUCCAAAAACCGAAAAAGAAAAAAGAGAGCGAGGCAGAGGCAGAGGCAGAGCAGAGCUCCUGCCAUUUAUAUCUAACGGACCUUUCUUGCCCUUUUUCUGUUUCCUCCUCGUGACCCACUCUGCUCCUCCUUCUCUUCCUUGUGCUUAAAAGACUUUCUUCUUUUUAUCUCUUCAUUUGUUUCCCUUUUAUUUCCUCAGCUCAAAUCUUACUCUUACUGGCUAACUAUCCGCUCUCCUAGAUAUUUUUGUUCCUCCUUUCCAUUCCCUUUGCCCGAAAGCUAGGCAGCCUGCAUAUAUGGGCUUCUUCUAGGGUUUUGUAAUUCCCUUUGUUUCCUAGGUGAAACAUUAGUCUUGGGAAAAGGAAAAAGAAUAUGCUUGCUGCUUAGAAUUCUGCUGUUUAUUUGUUUAGUUUACACUGAGGGGUUUUCAGGGGUUUUUGAAUUCUUCUUCGGAAUUGGAUUCCUGUUUUGAAAAAAAAGAAAAAAAAAUUAUGGUAUGGUAUAUUCCCUUUCAGUUCUGCCUGUAGAUAUUUCUUUAAUUGGGGUUCAGUAUUCUAGGGUGUUCAUGUUUACUACUUCAAUUCAUAAAGGUUUUGGCUUUUUCCUCUUUUUAUAAUCCAGGAGCCUUUGACUCUUGUACUUCCAGGGGGUUUAGGGCUUUGCACUUUUUCCAGGGGGCAUCAUUUCUUUCCCAAUUCAGGAACCAACAAAGAGUGAAAAAUUUUAGCUGUUUUUGCAAUUGGGUCUUAAGAAUUUUCUCCCCCAAAGAACGAUGUCUCCUCAAAUGGGUUUCCCUUGAAUUCCCGAGAGGUGUAGAACUUGAAUUCUCGUACAACUUUCAAGGUUUCUCCCCUUGUUAUUAUCUACAGAUGUCUUCGUGUUUAAGCGGAGGCGGCAGGACCUAUGCGUUAGACCUUGAAAUAAUAAAAUCUCCAUCCUCUUCGACCAGAACUUCUCACACAUCUUCUUCACCUUCUUCAACUCUCUCUGAGUCCAGCAAUUCCCCCCUUGCGAUCUCCACUCGGAAACCACGAACCCCUCGAAAACGCCCCAACCAAACCUACAACGAGGCUGCAGCCCUCCUCUCCACUGCCUAUCCCAAUAUAUUUUCCUCCAAAAACCUUACAAAACCACGUAAAUUCACCAAGCCUCAGGACUCUUUCUUCAAUGAAUCGUCUGAAUUAUUGUUGCCCUUCCGUGUAAUUGACGACUCUGGUUUCUUGCUCCAGAAUCAGCCCAUCCGAGAAAAACCCAGUUGCCUAAUUGAGCCAAAAGUCGUGAAUUUUUGUGACAAGUCCUGGCAAAGUAGUAGCGGAGAAGUCAAUUCCCAUGGAGGAGGUGGUUCCACGGAAAUGGGAUUCAGCACUGAAUUCCAGGAAGAUUUCGAUGCAGAAUCGAUUCUUGAUGAGGAAAUCGAGGAAGGUAUUGAUAGCAUUAUGGGGAACCUUAGCGUCAAUCAGGAGACAUUGGAUGAGUCCAAUGGCACAUGUCACGGUGCCCAAAUCAGCCAAAUUGGUUCAUGGUAUGGGAAUCCCAUGGGAUUAGGAUUUGGCGGGAGAUUUGAAUUUGGGUUUGGGUUCGGAUUGAGGAGGGGAGUAAGAGCGUUGAGACAUGUUGAUGAGGGGAAUUGGUGGAAUUUUUCUACCGUAGAUGUGCUACAAAUCUCACCAAAAACUAAGACCAAGGUCAGCAGAGCAGAGAAAAAGAAAAAGAGGGUGGAGAAACCAAUUGUUGUGACGGAGGCGAAGGGUUCGGACAUGCCUAAAGAAAAUCCGAAGCCAAAUCCGAUUGCAGGGUUGCAAUUGAAAUUGAAUUACGAUGAGGUGGUGAAUGCCUGGUCAGACCGUGGCUCGCCCUUCGCCGAGGAAUCUCCAGGGGCUGAAGUUGCUGGAAAUGAUGUCUAUGCCAGGCUAGCGCAGAUCGAUUUAUUCUCGGACGGGGGAGGGGUGAGAGAGGCUAGCGUGCUUCGCUACAAAGAGAAGCGGCGUACGCGCCUCUUCUCUAAGAAGAUCAGGUAUCAAGUCAGAAAGGUCAAUGCUGAUCGACGGCCCAGAAUGAAGGGGCGAUUUGUCAGAAGGCCAAAUUCUGGAGAAAGGUGAAAGGAAUGGGGACGGAAAGAAAUCAAAGAAGACAUGCUUUAGCGUCUCUUUUCAUUUUGUUAAACCUUUUGCCUUACACUUGAAAACUUAGAAGUUAAGGAGAUGAAGACUACUAGUUCAAGAAGAGGAAUGUAGAGAAAUAGGCCAACAAGGUUUUUGCCUGCCUUCUUAUUCUUUGUUUUCUAGUCUUGGGAUAACGCUGUUGGUUUUUUUUUUUUUUAAAAAAAAAAGGGUUUUUGUUGAAUUCUAUAGUAGCACAUACAAGAGACACUAUUAAUUGAAUACUUGAAUUCAAUAAUGAUAACCUAAUUGCCUUUCUUUUUUUUUUUUUA